AUGGAAACAAAAUCCAUAAAACCAUUUCUGUUUCUUCUUCUUCUUCAACUCCUCAUCAAUACUCUUCAUCUCGCCAUAGCUCAAGCUCCAGAUUUCGGCAUCUACGCUUGCAGAAACAAUGGAAACUUCACAUCCACCACUUACCAACAAACUCUCGAAUCCGCCCUCAAUUCCCUCCCAGGUAACGUCGCAAACCACGGCGGCUUUUACCACUCCUCCGCCGGCAACAUCACCGCCACAGCGCUCUGCCGCGGCAAUAUCGGGCCGAAUCCGUGCGAGGACUGCGUCAAAAACUCGAUUCCGUCACUCCGACGCACCUGCCACAACCAUAAGGAAGCGGCGGUUUGGUACUCCGAUUGUAUGGUUCGUUAUUCAGAUCGGAAAAUUCUAGGAGUUGUUGAUAACUGGAUUUCUGGAAAUUUAUCCAACACGGCGGUGGUUGCCGACGUUUCUGAGUUCAACAAGGCGUUGAGUAAUCUGACCACUAGGUUACAAGCGGAGGCCGCCGGCGGUGAUUCCGUUAGGAAAUUUGCGUCGGGAAAUGUAACUUGGGGGCCGGAUUUGCUCACUAUCUACGGGGUUUCGCAAUGUUCGCCGGAUUUAUCGAGAGAUCAGUGUGAUAAAUGUAUAAACGGUACGAUUAUUGGGAUCCAUGAUUGCUGUAGUGGAAGAGUGGCGGCAAGAGUGUUUACACCGAAUUGCUUUUUAAGAUAUUCGAAUGAACAUUUUCUCAACGACGGUGGUGCUCCGCCGAUCUCCGCCCCAUCUCCGCCAUCUCCAGGACGAAAGCGAAACGCGUCAAAAAUAAUUCCUAUCAUCGUUUCCGCUGCAUGUGUUUCUAUUGGGCUAAUCGCUAUCAGCUUUUGGUUUUUUGUUGCAAAAAAACGAAAGAGUGACGUUACGAAAAAAGAGACCGGAAACGCAUUUUCGUCGCUAUUAAUGACCGAAAAUCAAAAGCAUAGUGCUAAUUUAACAGAAGCUGGAUCAGUUGAAAUGGGAAUGGGAUCGGUACAUUCUUUACAAUUUGAUCUCGCCACGAUCGAAGCGGCCACCAAGAAUUUCUUCGUUGAAAACAAGAUCGGGGAAGGCGGGUUUGGUCCGGUUUACAAGGGUGUUCUUGCGAACGGAAUGGAGAUCGCUGUAAAAAGAUUAUCAAAGUCGUCUGGCCAAGGUUCACAAGAGUUUAUAAAUGAAGUCAUUUUGAUGGUGAAACUUCAACAUCGAAAUCUCGUGAGGCUUUUAGGGUUUUGCCUCGAUGAAGACGAGAAAUUACUGAUUUAUGAAUACGUAUCCAACAAAAGCCUCGACUAUUUUCUUUUCGAUCGAAACAGAUGCGGGCACUUAGAUUGGCCAAAACGUUAUAAAAUCAUCGGAGGGAUUGCAAGAGGAAUGCUUUAUUUACAUGAAGAUUCGCGGCUAAGAAUCAUUCAUCGUGAUCUAAAAGUUAGCAAUAUCUUGCUAGAUGAUGAUAUGAACGCUAAGAUUUCAGAUUUUGGUCUUGCGAGAAUCAUUGGAGUGGAUCAAAUUGACGUAAACACUAAUCGAAUUGUUGGAACAUACGGUUACAUGGCCCCUGAGUAUGCGAUGCACGGACAUUUUUCUGUGAAGUCGGAUGUGUUUGCUUUUGGCGUUGUCGUUUUGGAAAUUAUCACAGGGAGGAAAAGUACACGUUUCUAUGAUCAAGAUAAACCCGAGGAUCUUCCACAUUUUGCUUGGAAGAAAUGGAGAGAAGGAAUAGCAAUGGAGGAACUUCUGGAUCCAACUUUGUUUGAAACUUGUUGUGAAGAUGAAGUUAUGAGAUGUAUCAACAUUGGAUUACUAUGUGUACAAGAAGAUGUGGAUGCAAGGCCUAAUAUGGCUAAUGUUUUGAACCUUCUCAACAACUAUUCCAUCACUCUUCCAACUCCCACAACACCUCCUCGGUAUCUUCCGAAAACGCCCGCGUCGUAUUUUUCGAGUAGCGUGUCGAUUCCGAGAUCGACGGAUGAAUCGUUGAUCACUGAAGUAGGUCCACGGUGAUGGAAUAGAAGAGUUGGGUUUUUUCCAUGAUGUUGGCGGUAUAUA